CGUAACCCACAGCUCACAGUCAGCUGCCCAAGGACUAACGCUCCGUAAAACCAUCCCCCCAGAACAGCUCCCUGCUUGAGACCGGGCACAGUGAGGGGACCUUCCCCGGGCCGCCCAGCCUGCCUCCCCUUCCCGCUGCCGGGCCGUGGAGGCCCCUUCCCCUCAGUAAAGUUGCUCGGCGUCCGGCGGGAGAGGGGCGGGGGUGCCCGGAGCUGCCUCCCCGCCUCCUGUUCGUAUCGCCAGCGAAUUACCUCAAUUGCAAACGGAGCGCCCCAGCGCCCGCCCCGCCGGGGGGAGACGCUGCGGGAGCUGGGCGGCCCCGAGGCUGCUCCGCAGGGACGAGGCUAUGGCCCGGGUGCCGGUAGCCGUGGUCCCCGGGGCUCUGCUCAGCGCCCUGCUGUGGGCGGCGGCAACGGCGGCGGGGGCCGGCCCCGGGGGCAGCCCGACACCUGGCGCCUUCGACCGCCUUUACCGGGGAGCCGUGAACAUCAGCGCGGAGCGGGUCUACGCCUUCGCCUACAGCAGAGAGCCCGGGCAGGUAGCUGCAGUGCGUGUGUCUGUGAACAGCAGCUCGGAGAGCCUGCAGUACCCCGUGCUGUUCGUGGUUCGCCAGCAGAAGGGUGUGCUCUCAUGGCAGGUCCCACUGAUUUUUCGAGGCCUCUAUCAGAGGAGCUACAAUUACCAAGAAGUGAGUCGGACCCUUUGUCCCUCUGAGCCAGCACCGGAGACAGGACCCUCCGACCAGAUCAUAUUCGUGGACGUCGCCUCCAUGGCACCAUUUAACAUUGCCUAUGAGCUCCUAGUCACAAGGCUUGAGAACUUCCAACUUAAGACCAGCAAAGCCUUUAACUUCACUGCCAGCCCUUCCCAGCCCCAGUAUUUUCUGUACAAGUUUCCUCAGGAUGUCGAUUCAGUCAUUAUUAAAGUGGUGUCUGAUGCAGUCUACCCAUGCUCGGUUGUCUCCGUCCAGGAUAUUGUGUGCCCAGUGUAUGAUCUGGACCACAACGUGGAGUUUGAUGGCGUUUACCAAUCUAUGACCAAGCAGGCAGCCAUAACAGUGCAGAGGAAGGAUUUCCCAGGCGAGCAGUUCUUUGUCGUCUUUGUCAUCAAGCCAGAGGAUUACGCCUGUGGUGGCUCUGUGCCUUCUUCCAUUCAUGGGAAUGUCAAUCGCACCUGGAACCUGCAGCGGACGAAGAACCUUCAAGUGACAAUUGUGCCUUCAAUCAAAAAGUCUGUGUAUGUCCAGGCCAUGUUCUUUAGCUUCCUGAGUUUCCUUUCCUUCUACCUGGGCUCGAUGGUUGUUGCUUGUGUGCACUACAUCAGGGUUCAGAGGAAGGCUUCAUCUGGGAGAUUGCGUCGCGAGGAUGGAUCUGAGAUUAUGACAACUUCUCACCCCAUCACAGCUAGCACCCCCGAGGGAAGCAGCUAUGGUGCUAUUGAUGAAUCAAGCUCCAGUGGUGGACGCCAGUUGUCUUCCCCUGAGCUCAAGCCACCAGCUGGUUAUGACACAGACAGCUCUGUGGAGGAGGAGAGUGACUUUGACACCAUGCCAGAAAUUGAAAGUGAUAAGAAUGUCAUCCGCACUAAGGUCUUCCUCUAUCUAUCAGACUUGUCCAGGAAGGACCGGAGGAUUGUCAGCAAAAAAUACAACAUCUAUUUCUGGAACAUCAUCACCAUUGCAGUGUUUUAUGCCCUGCCAGUCAUCCAGCUUGUCAUCACUUACCAGACGGUAGUAAAUGUGACAGGCAAUCAAGACAUCUGCUACUACAACUUUCUGUGUGCUCAUCCCCUUGGAGUGCUGAGUGCCUUCAACAACAUCCUCAGCAACGUGGGCCACAUGCUGCUGGGAUUUCUCUUCCUCCUCAUUGUGUUGCGCAGAAACAUUCUUCACCGGCGGGCUAUGGAGUUGAAAGAUAUCUAUACCCUGGACUACGGGAUCCCAAAGCAUUUUGGCCUCUUCUAUGCCAUGGGAAUUGCUCUGAUGAUGGAAGGGGUGCUCAGCGCCUGUUACCAUGUCUGCCCUAAUUACUCCAAUUUCCAGUUUGACACCUCCUUCAUGUACAUGAUCGCAGGACUGUGCAUGCUCAAGCUCUACCAGACGCGCCACCCAGACAUCAAUGCCAGUGCCUACUCUGCCUACGCCUCCUUUGCUGUGGUGAUCUGCCUGGCUGUCCUUGGAGUGGUGUUUGGGAAAAAUGACAUGUGGCUGUGGGUGAUUUUCUCCCUGAUCCAUGUUUUAGCCUCCCUGGCUCUCAGCACCCAAAUAUACUACAUGGGCCGCUUCAAGAUAGAUGGCCCUGACUCAGACCUGGGGCUAUUCCGGCGGGCAGCGAUGGUGCUGUACACAGACUGUAUCCAGCAGUGCAGUCGGCCGAUGUACAUGGACAGGAUGGUGCUGCUCAUUGUUGGAAACCUGGUCAACUGGUCCUUUGCUAUCUUUGGGCUGGUCUACCGGCCCAGGGAUUUCGCCUCCUACAUACUGGGCAUCUUUAUCUGUAACCUGCUGCUGUAUCUGGCUUUCUACAUCAUCAUGAAGAUCCGCAGCUCUGAAAAGCUCCUGCCCAUCCCCUUGUUCUGCAUUGUGGCCACAGCAGUAGUGUGGGCAGCUGCCCUCUACUUCUUCUUCCAGAACCUCAGCAGCUGGGAGGAGACUCCAGCAGAGUCCCGGGAGAAGAACCGGCCGUGCAUCCUGCUGGGCUUCUUUGAUGACCACGACGUCUGGCACUUUCUCUCCGCUGCUGCCUUGUUCUUCUCCUUUCUGGUCCUGCUUACCCUAGACGAUGACCUGGACACGGUGCGCAGGGACAAGAUCCCAGUGUUCUGAGUCCCCGGGGGGUGAGGGCACAGGGGUGUCCCGAACUGUUCAGCCAAAGGCAUCUGUGGCCUGCUUCCAUGGCCAGCCACCUCAUGGGAGCCAUGCAACUGGAUUCCACAACAAGCACGAAGGGAUACAGCAGUAACUGAGGUGGGACUGAGAGGGAGGACAACAUUUGCUCCUUUCCUCUGGGGCAGGCAUGAACCAGUGGCUGUGGCCAGUCCGCAGCCCUCUGGCUUGUAGGUGCAGUGGGUGCUGAAGCCAGAGAAAAGGAAGAAAAUAGGAGGUGUGUUUGAGAGUUCUCCUUCCCUUCCUCCCUGCUGAUGUGCUCCACUUCCUCUCUGGUGAGUGGUCUUGACAAGGGCAACACAGUUCCUCCUGCACUGGCAGCUGGUACCUGUACCCUGAAGGCUGCUGCUCUGAGUCCCUUCAGCAGCAGUGAGGAGAGUCUUUGGUUCCUAUCCUGCACCCUCUGAGUAAGCACUGGACUCCAAACUGAGGUGACAAUGGGCAACUGUUUUCUGGUUGGUUUUCUGUUGGAGAAACUCCUCCUGUAGCUGGUGGGGAGCCACAGUGACAGGAGAAAGAAGCCUACCCUUAGGCAGUGUUGGAGUGAGAUGGUGGACUAGAGCUGCCCAAACCUCCUGACUUGCUCCUGUGGCCUCCCUCACACAUCUUAAACAGCCUCACUUCCCUCUGGUGGUCCCACACAGGCUGUUGGCAGUGUGAUGAUCUUCAUGCCACCAGAAGUGCUAUCCUCAAGUGAUGCUAAGAGAGAGCCUGUGGUGAAGCCACAGCCUUGUGCAGUGGCAGCUGCUUGGCUCUUGCCGUGUGGCCUUGCUGAAUGGGAUGGCUGCUCGGCAGCCUCAGACUUCCUCCUCCCACAAGUUUGCUUUGAGACAAACUUGGCCAGGAAGAUUCCCUGGUGAGCUGGGAGUGUGGAGGCAGUUUGGAGGCAGUUGGAGUUGAGCUCUUCAGGUAAAGAUCUGAACCAACCUUCUUUCCUCCCCAAAUUUAUGCAUCCAAAUUCAGUUUGGUUUUUUUUUCAGAUGUCUCCUGCACUUAUUCCUGAGUUUUGUAGAUAUUUAAAACCAAGAGUAAGGUGUGAAUCAUUUCAGGCCUCCAGUGUUACAUGGUUUGCUCAUUUCACCUGAAAGGUAUUCUUUGAAGCCUGAUGUCCUUAUUCUUGUAAUUGAGCUUUUUCCUUUGGUCGCUGUGCGCGUGCCCAGUGGUGUGAGGGCUUCCUUCCGCUCAUGCUUACCAAAGCAGGAGACUCUGGUAGUUUUCCGGUCCAGAAGUCUGUCUCCUAGAAAGGUUUUGCACUAAUUGUGUUUUAUUUUUUUCCAAGUUGGAGUUUGUCGAGAUGGUCAAUAAAAUGGAAUGUUCCUGGUUA